GAUAUAUCAAAAUUUAUUUCAAGCCCAACUUCUGACACUCAUUAUCUCGUGUGCUAGUUGAUGAUGAAGUCCAUCUUAUUCCGUGCAUCCGGUUUUGAAAUUCGCUACGAAACUUGGCCAUUUUCUCAUUUCAUGUAUUUUAGUCCCCUUGUGGACUCAGCAAGCUUGCUAAUAGACCUGCUACUGUGGAUAAAACGUACUUUAUCUCGAAAUGAACGAAUUAUCCCAAGACUCCAUAGAGGAACGGUAUGAGAUGCUUAAAAGCCUGUGCAAACAACAGAUCAUGAUAAAUGAGACUCUCAAAUCUGAAAUUACUAAGCUAAACAAUAUUAUACGUGUAGUUUCUAAUGAGAAAGAUUUAUUACUAGAUGAAUUGAUCAAUAAUCAUUCUACCUGUCGAAACGCUAUCAAAGAGGAUUCUAAACCGUUUCAAAAGUCUGUGGUCUCUGCUGGAAAUAAACGUUCCGUGAACUUUUCCGAAAAUUACCAAGACCUGAAAAAAAUCAAGAAUGACCCGUCUAUCACUGACCGUAAUGAAAAUGCAGGUCUUCACAGUGAGCCUACAAGUUUAUUAGCUUUGAACUCAAUUUCAGCACAAGAAAAUGAAGAUCGAUGGAUUGCUCAUGAUCAAAUAGAGACAAGCCAUAGCCAUCUGUCUAGUCAUUCAUCUCUUAUAUCAACUAAACCUAGAUUGCAAUAUCAAAAUUCUUCAGUCAAGUCAAAACAAAACAUUUCCACUAUUCCUGGUGGUGACAAUGAGAUCUCACCACGGCUGCUAAGUUCUUCUACAGCCACUUUGAAAUCAAGCCUAACUAAUCCAGGAUCCCCACCCACAAUCACUUCAAAUACUCAUUUGGUUACACCGGUUGCCGCUAGUUCCAAUAAUUUAUCUACUACUCAGCGACCAAACAGAAGUGGUUCUCUUGUAACCAAUUCGUCAUUAUGUCCACCUAAUCCAUCUAUUCCCUAUGUAUCAUUCGCUUCCCAAAGAACACCUUCAGUUGGUUCCCAACCAAAAUAUGUAUCUGUAACAAACCGUCCUUUAAAAGUUGUUAGUUCUGGGACUGUGAAUAAUACAGCCAGUAAUAUCUUGAAGUCUGUGACUUCACCUCCUAUAUCCCCUGGAAUUCGAUUGUCGAGUGGACAACCAACAAACCAGCGUAUUUUAAUUCAGCCGAGUAACUGUAACGUUCGUUCAGUUGUCUUACCUCGACAACAAUCUCAUGUAAAUGAUUCUUGCUAAUUUGGUUAUGCCAGAGAUAAAUAGCCUAUUUAACAAGUCUUAAACUGUACAUUUGAAACUGAUUAUUUUAUGUGAUUGUUAUUACUAUUGUUAUUAUUAUUAUUAUUAUCAUCAUGCUAAUAUAAAAUUGAACCAAAACCAGAAUUGUACAGUCUCCCAUGAAAAAUCUAUUUGUCAAUUCGUACAUAAAUAAAUAUAUACAUAUAUAU